UUGGUAGCCCUAAUACGAACAAGUAUUUGAUGCAAACAUUCAAGCUGUUGGGGGAAAAAUAUCAAAAUAAGUUUUGUUUGCGCUAUUACCGUUUGCUUUUUACCUUUUUCUUGUUAUGAAUACCAGUUUAAAUACAACGUCGCCACAAGAAUUCUGGGUCGAAUUCAUUGAGUUGUACAAAUCAUUACCGGUGCUGUGGAAAUAUGGAAGUGAAGUAUAUAAGGAUCGACAGGGGAAGAAGCGUGCCUAUUUGGAGCUAGUGAAGAAAAUGCGCGAAGUUGAUCCAACAGCUACUGUUGAUACGGUAAAGAAAAAAAUCAACAGUUUGCGUUCCUGCUAUAGGCGCAAAAGGUAUAAAGCGCAAGAAGAUAUCAAGCUAGGUAUGCAGCCUAAGAUCAAAUGGGUGUACUUCGAUCAUUUCAAUUUUCUACGCGAAUGCAAAGAAACAUCGAAAGUGGAGGAGGACAGUUGGGAAGAUUACUGUGAGGACAGUAGCUUUAGUAGAAUUAAUGAUGACAACUCAGCGCAGACCGAUGGUGAGGAGAGUGACACGACUCUGCAGUACGAUCGUGAGAAAACCACUACAACACCCACUUACCAGUCGCCAUCACCUAGUUCAAAUACGUGGCGCAAUGAUUCAAUAGAUAUGUCGUAUCAGCGAACAAGUCAACCACCCAACGAAGAAGCCGAUAUUGUUAAUAUGGCUCUAAAAAUAACAGCUCAACACAAAUUCUGGAUAGAGUUUAUUAAGUUGUACCGUUCAAAGCCAGAGCUUUGGAAGACUGGCAGCGAAGUGUAUAAAGAUCGUGAAGCAAAAAAUAGUGCUUACCUCGAGCUGGCAGAGAAAAUGCGCGAAAUUUAUCCAAAUGCUGAUGUGGAUAUGGUAAAGAGAAAGAUCAACAGUUUACGAUCGAUAUAUAGGCGUAAAUUGCACAAAACAAAAAGAGCAAUCAGACUGGGCAAACGACCCGAAAAUAAAUGGGUAUAUUUCGAUCAUUUCUCUUUUCUGCACGAGUGCAAGGACCCGCUGGAAGAAGACGACGAUUGGAAUCAUUGUGAAGAUAGUAGGUUUGAUAAACUCGAUGAUACUUGUGAUAACACUUUGCAGAAUAAUGCUGAUGAGGAGGAAUCGAUUGUGGAAAUGACACCUCCGAAGAAUAAUACAAAUCGCGCAUAUGGUUUGCCUGCACCUAGUUCAAAAAGGAUUUGUACUGAGCCAAGGGGUACAUCCUAUAAGCAAGUGAAACAAUUUAACGAUGAAGCCGAUAUUGUGGGUAUAAGUUGGGCGUAUCAAUAUCGCAGCUUAACCGACACUCAAAAACUAUUUGCUAAGAAAGCUAUUGACGAUAUUCUAUUCGAGGCCCGUUUAGAGACUCUACAUAGAAAUUCAGUAAGAAUUAAUUCGAAUAACUGUAGCAAAUGUAAAAUGGGAAACGCAGAUGGGUUUAUGUAACUUCAUGUAUUGGGGCAAACAGCCAAGGUUGACAUUCGAGUGUAUUUUUGUCAUGAAGAAGCUCCUCAAAAAAAUAUCGGCCUACAGUUAUAAGCCGACUCCAAACGGCAGAUAUUUUUAUGUAUAUAUAUACCUUCUGCUCAAAUCACAUUUUGAGACAAUUGAAGUCAUAAAAGAGAAUUCGAAGAACACACUCGAGCUUGACUUGUUUAGAGUAGCACAGAAAACUAAACAAAAAAUUUAUUUUUGCCAUAUGUCAUCCGCGGACCGUUUUAUUGAUAACGUCUCGUUCAUAUUUGAGCAGAAGGUACAUUAGAAAUUAUUUCGCUAUUACGUUAAAGUUGCCAUUAAUAUAUUAGCUUCGUGUUGACGUAAUUUUUAAUACUAAUUUUCAUAAUCAAAUAGUCACCAAACAAAUUCGGUUACUUGGAACUCUUUGUGAAAUGUUAGGGAUGCAAACGUUUUAAAUAAAGUUGUGUUUUAUUCGGGUGUGUUCGAGUUGUAAUCACUUGCGCUAUGUUGCACUUUUUUUUAAAGUAUCUGGAAACUUUGGCAAAAGUAUAGCCUUCUAACUGCCGAAAAUUCGGCUAUUGUUGUGUGCAAAGUCUUUAAAUCGAAUCGGCAUCAUAAAAAUUAAUUUAUUCUUUUCUUCAUCAAUAUCGAUAUUAUCAAUGUAAAUAUUGGUGGAAAACGUCAAUAUUUUUAUUUUAUAUUAUUUAUUUAUUCUCCUUUAUCUAUAUACACAUAGCCCAUAAAGUCUGCGUACCCCUUACAAAUAUUUUUAAAUUGAUUAAAAACACAACAUAAAUUCAUAUUUGAAAACAUAUUUUAUUUAUUUAUGCUUCAAUUACAUUCUUAUGUUACAAAAUCAAAAGAAAAUAACAAGACUCCUCAAUUCGCUGCUUACAUAACGGUAAGUUAUUGCGGCAACAUGUAAAUAUAGCAACCCGAAAGUAUUGGCCUCUGGUCACGAUCCAGCAUGCUUGUCCACCAGGCUUAUAUGUGUGCGUGCUUCAUGUCACACAUACUUGUUGUCGGCUUUUGCUUGAUGAAAAUCAAAAAUUUUAGAUAUUAGCGUCAAGCACCCGACACGCACACAUAUAAACCUGCUGGACAGCAUGCUGGAUCGUCCCAGAGGCCAUAUGCGUACAGUUUGUUUCUUGUAAUAAUACCGUUACUUUAUAAGGGUUUUUGUUUUUUUUUUGCGCACUUUUCAUUUCAUUUGGUUAGUGUCAGUUGCACAAGGAAUAAUAUGAAAACAUGGAAACCAAAAGAAAAAAGUUGGUAUAUCAGAAAUAAUAGUAAUUGUAAAAUUGUGGAACGAUACAAGCAAACCGGGCUUUUAACAUCUAAGCCCGAGUCUGGGCGUCCAUGAACACUAUCGGUCCGAGAAGAACACAGAAGAAUCAAUAUGGCAAAUGUUAACCCUCGAAUCACAUCAUCAAAAAUUUGUAAAAACGUGAACUAAACAUUUAAAAAAAGUAUUUGUGCGGAAACUGCUAAAAAAGCUGGAUAUCAUGGUAAAGUCGCUCGAAGAAAGUCGCACUUGUGAACAGAGGAAAGCACAUUAAAUUUGCUAAUAAUUAUAUAAAUAAGCCACCAUAACUUUGGAAGCAUGGCAUUUUUUCAGACGAAAGUAAAUUUUGUAGUUUUGGGAUAAGAGGUCGUCAAAUUGUUUGGCGCAAAUCAGGUACUGCUCUUGAGAACCAAAAUCUUGUUUGUACAGUCCAACACGGCGGUCCAACAUUACUUUAACGAAAUCUGUUUCGUUUUUUAUUUCAGAGGAUCCAGUU